UCUCUCUCUCUCUCUCUCUCUCUCUCUUUGAGCCAUUUUAUUUCAACUCAAUGCAGAUGCUAUGAUCACUUCACCCUUGUGCAUGUCAACAGAAGCUUUAGUAGGGGUCUGAGACCUUUGAGCAACUACUGCUAGUACCGGAGUCGGAAAAUGGGCCGGUCGCCGUGUUGCGAGAAAGUGGGCCUGAAGAAAGGCCCGUGGACGCCGGAGGAGGAUCAGAAGCUCCUCGCCUACAUCGAGGAGCACGGCCACGGGUGCUGGCGCGCAUUGCCAGCAAAAGCUGGGUUGCAGAGGUGUGGAAAGAGUUGUAGAUUGAGGUGGACAAAUUAUCUAAGGCCUGAUAUAAAGAGAGGAAAAUUCAGCAUACAGGAGGAGCAAACUAUAAUUCAACUCCAUGCUCUUCUUGGCAACAGGUGGUCAGCUAUAGCAACACAUCUCCCGAAGAGAACAGAUAACGAGAUCAAGAACUACUGGAACACCCACCUCAAGAAGCGGCUCGCCAAGAUGGGGAUCGACCCGCUCACCCACAAGCCCAAGAGUGAUGCCCUCUCCCCUGCCGCCGCCGCCUCAGACCACUCCAAGACGGUCGCCAACCUCAGCCACAUCGCCCAAUGGGAGAGCGCGCGCCUCGAAGCCGAGGCCCGCCUCGCACGGGAGUCCAAACUCCGCGCCGUCGCCGCCACCGCCACCGCCACCGCCACCGCCACCGCAGCAUCUGCUCGUACCAUGCUGCCGCUUCUCGGGCAUUAUCACAGCUUCUGGCAGGUGAAACCGACUGGUGCCGCUGGUCCGAGUGGAUCGACGGUCGACCUCGAGUCCCCCACAUCGACCCUGAGCUUCUCGGAGAAUCUGUUCCCCCCCAUCACAAUCUUUGAGGGGAGCAACGGUAGCGGCAGCGGAAGCAUCUUGGAAGGAGAGGCCGCAGAGUGGAAGUGCUUAUCGAAGCAGCCAUAUCAAAUGUUCGACACUGGCUUCAGCAGGGACGGAACGUGGCUUCAGGAAUAUUCCUCCAGUGCGGUGACAGGAUCUUCUUCGUGCGCAGAUCUUGGCGCUGGGGGGUUCACUUACUUGGUGCUUGAUAAUUCUGACGACCAGAAUUCGUCAGACGGUUGCGGCGAUUCCAACAGUGCGAAUGGAGGGAGCAGCAACGGCGAAGGAGGGGAGAACAAGAUCUAUUGGAGUAGCAUUCUCAACUUGGUGAACUCAUCUUCUCCCUCGGAUUGUCCAUCAGUGUUCUAAGCCCCCUUCUUCACUCUACUACCACCUUUUUAAAAGUUCAACUCCAGCUCGACUAAAAAGCCAUUUUGACUAGGAAUCCUCACCAAGUUAAAGUUGUCCGAGUAGAAUUCGAUCUGUAGCAGCUUCCCUCUGUAGAGAAAAAAGAUUUUUAAAAAAAAAAAAAGAAGGAACAGGAAGAGCAUAAAGUAGAAGGAUUCUGAGAACGCAGAACAAAGAACAGAGGAGGGACAAACGAAAAAAAAAAAAAAAAACCAACCCAGUUGAUAGUCCUUGCUGUGAUAAUUAGCUUACCUUCCAUGAAUUGUGUUUGUAGUGACAUGAAUAAUAAUGUGAAGAAAUUUGUGUUUUUACUCGCUUAAAA